AAGGAGGAGGUGAUAUCCAUGGGAGCACGGUUCAAACUCUCACUUGGAGCACAGCUUCAGCAGCCUUUCAGCCGCUGCUCUCUCUGCGCUACUUUUCCUCUUAAGCAUAAACUAAAGCAGAUUGAAUAAUGUAUGCUUAAAAUAAUAAUAAUUAUAAUAAUAAUAAUAAUAAUAAAAAUUCUGGAGAUUUUUUUUUCUACCCUUGGACAGAUUUCAGGAGGUGAUUUGAGAACCUGAAGACAUUCUGUAUGAGUGUUACCUGGGCAUUAUGAAAAGGUAUCCAGGCGUCUUUCACUGCUGGGAGAGGAUGCUUGUUUUGUAAAAAAAAAAAAAAAAAAAAAUUGCUUAUAUUUUUUUGGCUUGAUAAAAACUGUAACGCGAUCUGCGACAUUUUGCGCGCUACUUUUAAGACUUUGCAUGACCGAAAUGGAGCGCACCGGAUUAGCUGUUUUAAUGGUUUUAAGUAUUGCUCUCAUGCGGGUUGGUGACGGUCACCAGGAGGCAACAGGUGGGAGGACCGGGGCAAGCCAGGUGGUCCCCGACCAGCAGAUCAGUCAGGGACACUCUCCCAAAGAAGCUCUGGACCUCUCGAAAACACCUACCACCGGCCAGUCGACAACUCUGCACCGCAUGUCCAGGGGAGCGUCAGCAUCCAGAGGUGAAACUGUUCACGCUGCUGGCGCAUCCGGAGAAGACUUCGUCUCAUCGUCGCACGACAGAGCACAGCGCACAGCCAGACACCCGCGAACGAGCAGAGUGAACCGCAGGCAAAGCAGCAAGCCCGGCUCCUCCAGCACAAGACGACUGGCUGGGCCAAAUGUCUGUGGAGGUCAGCAGUGCUGCUCUGGUUGGGCAGUGGCUCCAGGAACCAACCGCUGCAUAAAACCUGACUGCCAGCCCCCCUGUCAGAACCGCGGCUCCUGCAGCCGACCACAUACUUGUGUGUGCCGCUCAGGCUUUCAGGGUCCCCGCUGUGAGGAGGUGGCCCCCGAGCAGGUGUACAUUCGUGAGCGGGGCACUCUGAGGCGCAUUCAGCCAGGCACCAAACCCUUCCAGAGAGACCCACCACAGAGAAGACCCUUGGAGAGGAAGGCCGCAGACACCACCAAGCUCCAGACCCCGCGACCUGUGACCACCAAGCAGCCUGCCCAGACUGUAACCCAAGCAAGACGAGGACCUUCGUACUCCUCGCCUCAGCAGAGCGGGACCUCCCGUACCGUGAAGCGUUAUCCAUCGUCCUCUGAGCCCAUAACCUCCAAUGCUCUGCCCAACGGCAACGGCUUUGCAAACAGCCAUGGCAGUGAGAACAGAAACUGGUACUCCCACAGGAGCAGACAAAGCAACACCCCGUCCCUUAACGGUCAAAGGUCUCCUAGUGACAGCCAUUUGCAGGGACAGUUCAACAAUGUGUUGCAUCCAGCAGGGGCUAAUCUCACCUCCAACCUCGACCGGAUUAAGAUCGUCUUCACACCUAUGCUCUGCCGAAGAGUGUGCAGCGGCGGGCGCUGCUACAACAGCUGUGAGAAGGGAGAUGUUACCACUGUAUACAGCGACAACUCGCAGCAACAGCAGCAGCAACAGCAACAGCAGCAGCAGCAGCAGCAGCAGCAGCAGCAGCAGCAGCAGCAGCAACAACAACAGCCAAAGAACCAAGGCUUCAGACUCUUCUUCUGUCAAAUCCCCUGCAUGAACGGAGGCCGAUGCAUUGGCAGGGACCUGUGUUGGUGCCCAUCGAAUUCAACGGGAAAGUUUUGCCACCUACCAGCACCGCCGCCUCCCAGACCCACUCCUCACAGCCGCAAGGAUGCGAGCCACCAGGCAGCGAAAUCACCUUCCCAUUCCACCUACACUUUGCCACUCUCCAAUCAGCAUGUGUCUCUCCACCCGUCGCUGGUGAACGUCCACAUACAACACCCGCCAGAGGCCGAGGUCCAGGUUCACCAAGUAGCUCGAGUCCAGCCUGGACAGAGACCAGCCACCACAGAUGGGGCUCACUCUGUCCAGCAGCGCUCCCAGCCUGGAAACGGACACGAAUACACGAGUGAACAUAACGGCAGACUCGCACACGGCAAUGGCCACUGGAAUGGCCACGGUACAACUUCCAUCCUCCAGAAUGGACACGUUGGCAGAUGCUUUCAGGAAACAGUAGAUGGACAGUGUGGCAAACCUCUGCCAGGCCUAACCAAACAGGAUGAUUGCUGUGGAAGUGUGGGGGCGUCAUGGGGUUUGAACAAGUGCCAAAAGUGCCCAACCAAACCAGCAUAUGCAGUGAUUGCUAAUGGACAAGUGGAGUGUCCCAAAGGUUUUAAACGAAUGAACAUCACACACUGUCAAGACAUCAAUGAGUGCCUGUUGCCAGGGAUAUGUAAGAACGCUGAAUGUCUCAAUACCAAAGGAAGCUACAGGUGUACUUGUAAGCCAGGUUAUAUGUUGGAUGCUGCCAGAAGCCACUGUGUCUCUGACAAGGCAGUGUCUGACCACAGGGCCUCGUGCUACCGGUCAGUGUCGUCAGGAACAUGCUCUCUGCCUCUUGUCAAUCACAUCACUAAGCAGAUAUGCUGCUGCAGUCGUGUGGGCAAAGCCUGGGGAAAUGGAUGUGAUCGGUGUCCUUUGCCAGGUUCAGACCACUUCAAGGAGAUCUGCCCAGCUGGUCAUGGAUACACGUACUCACGCUCAGAUGUGCAGAUUUCUCUCAGGCAGCUGGAAGAUGAUGAGCUGCAGAGCACAGGAGUGACUCUGGAGGAGCAGGAGCCCGAGUUCCCAUCCUCCCAGCCUUCACGACACAACAACUACCCUCAAAUACUCCAGUACCCCGAGACACCACGAGUACCUCAGUACACUUUGACUUCACAAUAUCCCUCAGAAUCAGGACAAGAAACGGCUAAACUGCAAGACGAUCUGGAAAUUCUGAUGCCGCCGCCUGUUGUGACGGAAUCGCCACCAAAUUAUCCAGAGAGCUCUCCAGACUCCCCUGAUUUCAACAUGAGGCCAGAUUUAAAGGAAACAAGCCCUGGAGUUUCCGUCACUGGCAUUAACAAGUGUGCUACUUCACCAAAUGUAUGUGGGCAUGGAAAAUGUGUUCCUGUGCAGAAUGGAUACACUUGCGACUGUGAUCCAGGGUUCAAGCUCAGUGUAUUGCAGAACAGCUGCAUUGACGUGAACGAGUGUGAAAUGGACCCAUGUGAGGGUAAGGGCCACUGCAUAAACAGCUAUGGCUCCUACACAUGUCAGUGCCACAGCGGCUACAGCCAGGUGAUCACCCAGAACAGGAAAUUCUGUCAAGACAUCAACGAGUGCAGCAUGCCCAACAAGUGCCAGAACGGCCAGUGCGUCAACACUGAGGGAUCUUUCACCUGCGAAUGCAACGACGGCUACUCCAAAUCAUGGCGAGGCCUGUGUGAAGACGUAGAUGAGUGCAGAGAUCACAGCUCCUGUCCCAACGGUAUCUGCGUCAACACUCUUGGCUCCUUCCAGUGCCAGACCUGUGGCCCGGGUUUCAGGCCCAUCGGUGGAAGAUGUGUAGAUAACAAUGAAUGCUUGAACCAAACCACAUGCGGUCGUGGUCGGUGUGUCAACACAGAGGGCUCCUAUACAUGCAACUGUUUCCAAGGCUACAUGCUCUCAUCAAACAAUUUUUGCCAAGAUGUGGAUGAAUGCAUGCUUCCGGGGAUCUGUCUCCAUGGCCGCUGCGUCAAUCUGGACGGCACCCACAAGUGCACCUGUAACCUUGGUUACCGAGUCUCCUCAGACAGCAAGUCGUGUGAAGACGUCAACGAGUGUGAGAGUGGUACAGCGUGCCCAGUGGGGAUUUGUAUCAACACAGCAGGUUCCUACAGUUGCCAGAACUGCGGGCCUGGGUUUGGACCAUCCGCUAAUGGGCUGAGAUGUGAAGACAUUGAUGAGUGUGCACAGGAAGGCAUUUGCUUUGGAGGGGUGUGUGCCAACACAGAGGGAUCCUUCGUUUGCACUCGAUGCAAAGCUGGCUAUAGAGUCUCUGAGGACAGGCAGAGGUGUGAAGAUAUUGAUGAGUGCCAGUACCUGACUACCUGCUCCAAUGGGAUCUGUCUAAACUCAGAAGGGUCUUAUACAUGUGAGAACUGCCCUGAAGGGUAUCAAGUGUCUUUUGAUGGGGAACUCUGUCAAGAUAUCGACGAGUGCCAGGCUGCAGGUGUUUGCCUCGCAGGUGUUUGUGUUAAUACGGAGGGCUCCUUCUCCUGCAUGUCCUGCCAUCCGGGCUUCAGCGUAGCGCCCAACGGCCUCUCGUGUGAAGAUGUGAAUGAAUGUGAGGAUGCAAGCCUGUGUCUGGGAGGCCAGUGCACCAACACCAUCGGCUCUUAUAGCUGCUUGUGCCCAUCUGGACUGGAGUUGGGAGAUGGGACAUCUUGCAGGAACAUCAACGAGUGUUUAACCAUAGUGGGAAUUUGUGGAGAAGGAAGCUGUUUGAAUACGGAGGGUUCCUACAGAUGUAUGUGUCCUGAUGGAUUUACCACCACCGAUGAACAGCGCCCUGGCUGCCAGGAUGUUGAUGAGUGCAGCAGAGAUGACGUGUGCAUUCGAGGACAGUGUCUGAACACUGAGGGUUCUUUCUUAUGCUUGUGCGAAGCCGGCUUCAAGUACAACACUGAUUCAGCUGACUGUGAAGACCAGGAUGAGUGUAAGGAGUUUGGAAGCUCGGUGUGUGGUACCUGGAGCUGCAAGAACACCAUUGGCUCCUAUCAGUGCUUCAUGGAGUGCCAGCCUGACAUGCUUAGCGGAGACUGUGAUAUCGAUGAAUGCAACAAUGAGACCAUCUGUGGGAGCCACGGCUUCUGCGAGAACACAGCCGGCUCCUUCCGAUGCCAUUGUGACCAAGGCUACACCAACCCACCCGGAGAUAUUACCAGAUGUGUUGACCUGAACGAGUGUGAGAUGAGCUCGGCGCUGUGCGGAGAGGCCCUGUGUGAGAACGUUGACGGAAGCUUCCUGUGCAUCUGCCCCAACGACAAUGAGGAAUUUGAUCCCGAAACCAACCAGUGCCGCUCCAUGGCUGUUCCUGACUCUAAGCCGGUGUCUACAUCCACUCACAUCACUGAAGAGAGGAAAGAUUGCUAUUAUAACCUAAAUGAUGUCAACUUGUGCAACAAUGUCUUGUCUCAUAACACCACCAAGCAGGAGUGCUGCUGCACAGCCGGCGCCGGCUGGGGCGACAACUGUGAGAUUCACCCCUGUCCUCCUGUAGGAAGAGACGAUUACAACCAGUUGUGUCCCCAUGGCAACGGAUUAUUAACUUUACCUGGGUCUUCUUUACUGGGUCAUGGAGAAGACCUGCGCUACAAAGAUGCAAAUGAAUGUGAAAUGUUUGGAAGCGAGAUAUGCAAGAAUGGGCAAUGUUCCAAUUUCUUUUCUGGGUAUACCUGCUACUGUCAGUCUGGAUAUUUCUACGACAAAAUCAGGCUUGAGUGUGUGGAUUAUGACGAGUGUGGAUUUGGAAACCCUUGUGAAAACGGAGCGUGUGUGAACACGGCAGGAUCGUUCAACUGUUUCUGCAGUCCUCCGCUAGUCCUGGACGGCACACAGCGCCGCUGCGUCAGUUUCAACACAACAGAAGACAUCAUAGAUUCUGAUCAGGAUGUGCACGUAGAUAUUUGCUGGCGCCGACUCGAGGGGGACAACAUGUGCGCAGAACCGAUUGAGGAGCGCAGAACGACAUACACUGAAUGCUGCUGCCUGUACGGCGUCGCCUGGAGUGGUCAGUGUGCCUUCUGCCCCAGGAAAGACUCUGUUGAUUAUGCUUCGAUGUGCAACCUGCCUCGGACGGAAGGCGCAGACAGCCUUCGAGAGCGGAUAGGAUACGAGUACGGAGUUGAAGAGCCAGAGCUUCCCCCGUACUGGGAUAACUAUGGCGGUGGCAUUCCUGAAAGUGUUCCCAUAUUUACUGACGGUGACUACAGCAACCCGCAACCACCCUUUCGUGUCCCAGUCCUACGUCCAGGUGGGAGCCAACCCCAACCGCUGGAUCGCUACACAGAGCGGCGCUACGACAGCUUUGAGGGUCUCCGAGCGGAGGAGUGUGGGAUCCUGAACGGAUGUGAAAACGGACGCUGCGUUCGUGUUCGAGAGGGCUACACCUGCGACUGCUUCGACGGCUACGAACUUAACCUGGAUAAGAUGGCCUGCAUAGAUAUAAACGAAUGUGAGGACAUCAGUGACAAGGUCCCCCUGUGUCAGAACGGCCAGUGCAUCAACACGGAGGGGUCCUACCAGUGCACCUGCCUGCCCGGCUUCGUGGCCUCUGCCAAGCCACACAAAUGCAUCUCAGCAAUCCCAGAGUCCACACUCAGGGGGGCAGAAAACUGAAAGAGAAACAAACUUUUCCUGCUUCUUAAAACCAUCAUCAUCCCUGUGCUCUGUCCCCCCAGAGAGCCCGGCCGGCACUAAACCUCCAACAGUAACACUGUUCGUCCAAGCUUUUCCCCUUCCCCUCCCACAUGUUCCUGACAGACACAAUCGUACACAAGCUUUCUCUAAUCCCUUCCCCUAUUACACAUUCAAGAGGACCAGGAACUGUGCAUUGAAUGUUUUACACGGGAUUUAUUGUUCACCACAUUUCUGUUUGCCUUAAAGGGAUUGUUUUUGAGACUGAUUCUUUCAUAUAUUCAGUGACCCCAGGCAAAUUGAUCUGCUCAUAUAUUUUCCACGGUAUUUUCUCUGUCAAUUCACUUUUUUUCGAAGUUUGUUAUUUAUUUCAUUGACAUGACGGGCCUCUGAAAGUUUAGAAAGCAUCCAGUUUCAGAGGUUAGACUCGGUUCCUCUCGUUUCUCACAGAGACUCUGUGAGGAGAUGAAUAAUGUAUUUUUUAAAGAGAAGGAAUUUCUGAAGAAUUUCUGUCAUAUAUCAUCUUAUAUCUAUCUGGGUCAACAAAGAAUUUUUCCCACUGCUGCCUUUCUUCAGGAUUUCUGGACCGAGCAGCCAAACUUUCACGUUAAAAGCUCCAGCACCGCACAAGCUUUGACAGACUGUACGUAUAUAUGAGGUUCUGUGAGAUGUUCAGAAAAUAGUGCUCCGAGUAGACUGUUUAGGACCAUUUUCAAAAAAAAAAAAAGAAAUGUAAUACUAACCCCCAUUUCUUUCUUUUAUAAUAGUAUUGAUCUGUUUCACGCUUUUACUUAAAAAAAGAUGAAAAAAAAACGAGCCUUGUUUGCAUUUUCUGCAAGAAAUUCUGAAAUAACAACAAGAAAUGUAUUUUAUUUGCCAUUGAAUUUAUUGACCAUUGUCACCGAGAAAAAGGAAUACUUCUUCAGACCAUGCCCAAGUGUCCUCCACACUUAUUGGCACCCCUUGUAAAGAUGUGUAAAAAUGCAUUUGUAUUUUAUUCUGCAAGCAUUAUUUUGGAAAUAAUUUCUAAAAUAAAAAUACCCUCUCUAAUUAGAUUGAAAACUAUUAAAACAUUUUUUAACAAAAAAUACUAGUGCCACACAAAGUGGUAACUCUUGUAUUUCCUCAAAAUAAACAUAAAUUAGUUGUUUUAGAAUUUGUACUUUACUCUACAAAGUUGCUAAGAGUGUUUAAGAACUUUUCAUUUUCGAACAAUGACUUUCCUGACUGAAAGUCAUUGUUCGAAAAUUUAUGAAGUCUUUGUUAUACCUUGUUUGAAAAAAAUUUCCCACAUGUGAAAUUUGCCCAAAUCAACACAAAAAUAGUUCCCCUGACAAAAAAAAAACAAACAAACAAAAAAAGUCAAUCUCUUUUCAUUUUUAUUUAGUGAAAUUUCUGAGUAGACAGCUGACGAUUGAUGAAUCUAAGUCGGGUCCGGAUCCAGACAUUCAGAUGUGAGUAGUUUUAGGUGUGAUCAUCAUGACUCUCUUCUCAAGCUGCCCUGCUACCGCUGCACACAAAUUCAUCCCUGAACAAUUUUUAUGUUCCUUUUCUGUCAUCGAGAAGUGUGCACUCUCUUGUUGCUUUGUGGAAGAUUGGGUAAAGUAAAGGGCUCUGACCUAUAUAUUUAAGGAAUUUGAUCUACCUUUUUAUCAUUACUAGGUCAAAUUUUUAACAUUGCGGCUGGUCAGCUCUAAUUCUAGACCAAACAGAUUUGUGAAAAUACAUUUUUAAUUUUAGUAACGUUUAUGCUGUUUGUGAAAAAAAGCACAAAACAAUUUGAAUGUUCCAUUAUUUUUUUCUAUGCAGAACUCACUGUACAUUAUCCCCGCUGAAUAAAUGUUUUUAAAUUAAAGGUUGUAUUAUCUAAAUUAAAUAGUGUAACGUCAUGCUGCUUCAGUAAAAUAUGAAUUAAUUUGAAUAUUUUUUACACAUCUUUACCAGGCUUUUGUUUGAAAGGUGCUGUAUGUAAACUCAAAGGCCUUGUUGGAGAACUUUGGUAUAUUUUAUGCAGAUCAGGAGUUGCAUAUACUUUUUUUUAACGUAUUCUCUUAAUGCUAUCUAGCAAAAUCAAUACUAUAUUUGACAUUGCACAUCAAAUGAAAAAAAAAAGCCACCAUUUCUAGCUUUUGUAGAUUUAUAUCUGUUUGUUAAAAUGUCUUUAAAGCAUUUCUUUUUCUGUAUGAGAAGAGUGACACUGUACCAUAGGAACUCUGUGUAUACCCUGCCCUAUGGAGCAGACUACGAGUUAUAUAAAUAUAUAUAUUUUUUGCAAGUGGCACCACUGUUAAGAAAUAACAAUUUUGUAAUGCAAGCACCUGCUUAUGUCAAUCACAACAUUGCAGCAUUUUUUGUUAUAACAGUAAACAUGAUUUAUUCCCGUUUCUUUUGAAUGACUGUGUAAUUUAUGGUUUAUAGGCAACAUAGUCAGUCAUAAAUGGCUUGUCUGUAAUCAUUAGCAGGUAUUCUCUGUAGCACAUUUAGACCUGAUAACACCUGGACAUGAUGAUUAAAGCUGAUAAUUUAUGCCAAUGGCCAUCUUUCUAGAUUUUCAAUCUGCAGUUUUACAAAUGAUUUUAUAUGAAGCCAACUGUUCUUUGCUCUAUUGUUCAAAUAUUUGCCUGAUUUGGACUGGAGACUAUAAAUGUGGUAAACGCUGAGCUAUUUAAAGUCUUUCAAACAUUAUUAACUACAGACAAAUUAAAUAUUGUAAAGCUGUGGUCAGUAUCUUGACUGUUCAUUUUGUUUACCUCCUGACUGUAAUCUGUAUCAGUCAUCAAAAAUAAAUAACAAAAAACG